CAAAAGCAAAGAGGAUACAAAAAAUAAUUGGAUAAACAAAUUCAAUUAAAUAUCAACAAAUAAGAAAAAAGUGUGUACCUGCAACACGUGCCCCCCGCCCACACUGGAGGGGCAUGGCCCACUGCCCACUGGUGAGCAUCCGUUGGAGCAGCCGCAGCAGCAGCAGCAGUAGCAAUUAGAAUGUGCGGAAGCCAAAAAGAAGAGAGAGAAUUUAGUGUCUCUGUUCUUGUUGUUGCUGGCGGCGCUGCUGCUCUCUCCCCUGACCAGCGUCCGUAUUUUGUGUGUGUGUGCUUAUGUGUAUCUGUGUGAGAGCGCCGCCAGCAGGCAUUGAAUGUGACAGCACCGACUCCAUGUCCAAAGCGACUACAAAAGAAAAUGCAGUUUAAGUGAAUUUCCUGCGUGGACGACACGACAGCCAAUUACGGAAGCGGGAUCGAGUGCCGCUACUUCGCUGAUCCCCACCAAAUCCGAGCACCGCGCCACAACGCAACACAGCGAGAGAAAGCCAGUCUUAGCGAUGGCCUCCACACCGACACAAGCAGCCCCACCAGUCGCAGCAGUCGCAGCAGCCGCACCAAUACCAGUACCAGUGUCCAUGCCACAAAACUACAAAGUGCCAUCGACCAGCAAGAUAUCCGUGGACAAGCUGCUGCGCGUCGGCUACUAUGAGCUGGAGAAGACCAUCGGAAAGGGAAACUUCGCUGUCGUGAAGCUGGCCACCAACAUUGUGACCAAGACAAAGGUCGAUUAUGGUAUCGAUCUAGAUCAGCAUCAUCACUGCCUCCGAUUAAUUAUCGAAUAACUUCAGUUAUCGAUGAUUUUGACUUCAUUCCAUCCCCAGUCCACAGUUUCCGAGCUUCUGUGAAUGAUUUCUGAUUGCGUAUUCUGCUGAAUGAAAUUGAUUUUGGUGAUUACUCUUUGAUUAUAUUGUUUAUUGCCGCGUGAAUAUGUGUAGAGCAAUUAUUUACACAACUUAUUGACAAUCGGGAGUUUCGUUUCGGCUUUCGGUUGCUUU